AUGGAGAUUCUCACGCUGUCCCGCCACCCAGCUGCCUACUUCUUACAUGGGCUGCUGCAAUUCAUUUUCAAAGAGUACAUCAUGGAAUUCCUGCGAGUUCCUUCCUGCUGUGAGCAUCGGCCGCCGGCCUCUGGCUCCUGGCCUCUUCCCUUGUGCCAUGGCCCCAAACGGCAAUCUGCGCUCCUGCCUCAGUCCAAGAAACCCAAAUCGGCUCCUGCCCCGAAGCUGGAGGACAAGUCGGCCUCUCCCGGCCUGCCGAAGGGAGAAAAAGAACAGCAAAAAGCAAUUGAACACAUUGACGAAGUACAAAAUGAAAUAGACAGACUUAAUGAACAAGCCAGUGAGGAAAUUUUGAAAGUAGAACAAAAAUAUAACAAACUCCGCCAACCAUUUUUUCAGAAGAGGUCAGAAUUGAUCGCUAAAAUCCCAAAUUUUUGGGUAACAACAUUUGUCAACCAUCCACAAGUGUCUGCACUGCUUGGGGAGGAAGAUGAAGAGGCUCUGCAUUACUUGACCAGAGUUGAAGUGACAGAAUUUGAAGACAUUAAAUCAGGUUACAGAAUAGAUUUUUAUUUUGAUGAAAAUCCUUACUUUGAAAAUAAAGUUCUCUCCAAAGAAUUUCAUCUGAAUGAGAGUGGCGAUCCAUCUUCAAAGUCCACUGAAAUCAAAUGGAAACCAGGAAGGGAUUUGACAAAAUGCUCAAGUCAACAGAAUAAGGCCAGCAGGAAGAGGCAGCAUGAAGAGCCGGAGAGCUUCUUCACCUGGUUCACUGACCAUUCUGGUGCAGGUGCAGCUGAGUUAGGAGAGGUCAUCAAAGACGAUAUUUGGUCAACCCCCCUGCAGUACUAUUUGGUUCCUGAUAUGGAUGAAGAAGGAGAGGCAGAAGAUGAUGAUGAUGAUGAUGAAGAAGAGGAAGGCUUGGAAGAUAUUGAUGAGGAAGGGGAUGAAGAUGAAGGUGAAGAAGAUGAAGAUGAUGAUGAAGGGGAGGAAGGAGAGGAGGAUGAAGGCGAGGAUGACUAGCACAGAAGACUGAUGGAUUCCAACCCUCUUUUUUAUUUUCUUUUUCUUUUUUAAUUUUCUCCAGUCCCUGGGAGCAAGUUGCAGUCAUUUCCCUCCCCCCAACCCCUCUUGUGCUCAGUAGCCCUGGUUUUGAGGUCUCUCUUCUCAACACCAUGGUUCUCAACCUAUUUUGGGGGAAAUACCUUGAACAAAAUACAACAGGAAAAUAAUUUCCACUAUUCUGUUCUAAAUUCAUUUUUAUCCUUUGUUGUCUCAAACUGUGGAUUCAACACCACCACUGUGCUCUGUGGGAAAAAAGAAAACCCUUCGGCCCCUUGGCUCUGCUGAAGGCUGGGGGUGCCAGGCCCCUGUGUAGUAGUGCAUAGACUUCUAGCUUUUCUCCUUUCUCUGUAUAUUGGGCUCAGAGAUUACACUGUGUCUCUAUGUGAAUACAGACAGUUAGCAUUUACCAACACGUAUCUGUCUACUUUCUCUUGUUUAAUAAAAAGAAAAAAGAAAAGAAAAAAG